AUGAAGUACCUAUUUGCAGGAUGCGCCGUUCUCUCAGUGGCUAUGGCAGCAGAUGUCAAGCCAUUGUACAAAGAUCCGAAAGCCAGUGUCGAUGACAGAGUGGCAGAUUUACUCUCUCGAAUGACGAUUGAGGAUAAAACAGCACAACUCAUCCAAGGCGACAUCUCGAACUGGAUCAACACCACUACCAAUGCAUUCAAUGCCACCGGUCUCGUCUGGAACAUGGCCACGAGAGCUGGUCAAUUCUAUGUCGGAUACCCAGUGCCUCAACAGUGGAUUGCUGAAGGCGUGAAGAAAGCCCAGGACUAUCUGGUACACAACACCACUCUUGGCAUACCUGCGUUGGUGCAAAGUGAGGGUAUUCAUGGCUUUCUCAUUGGCAAUGCAACGAUAUUCAACUCCCCGAUUGCUCAAGGAUGCUCUUGGAAUCCAGAUCUGAUCAAGAAGAUGGGUUCUGCGAUUGCUCAGGAGGCACUUGCUCUUGGUGUGAACCAGAUCUUUGCCCCUCUUGGAGAUCUGGCGAGGGAGCUGAGAUGGGGACGUGUGGAAGAGACGUUUAGUGAAGAUGGAUUUCUUUCCGGCGAAAUGGGCUAUUCAUACAUCACUGGUAUGCAGAGCGGAAAUGUGAGUGCAAUGGUGAAGCACUUCGCUGGAUUCGGAACUCCAGAGCAGGGUCUCAACGUCGGUCCAUCUCACUACGGCGAAAGAGAGCUCCGCACAACAUAUCUUCCAUCAUACAAGCGCCAGAUCAUCGAUGCCGGUGUAUGGGCCAUCAUGUCAUCGUACUCGGAUUUCGACGGCGUUCCUCUCGUUGCUAGCCAGCACGUCUUGACAGAUAUCUUGAGAAAUGAGUGGGGCUACAAGUACUGGGUUUCCAGCGAUGCAGGCGGAACUGAUCGUAUCUGCGCAGCAUUCAAGAUGUGCCAGGAGAAGCCAAUUGAUAAAGAAGCCGUCACGCUGUACGCUCUUCCCGCUGGUAAUGACGUUGAGAUGGGUGGAGGAUCAUAUAACUUUGCCACUAUUCCGAAGUUGAUCAAGGAUGGAAGGUUGAGUAUUGAGACUGUUGAUACGGCAGUUUCCCGCUUGCUCAGGGCCAAGUUUGCUCAAGGUCUGUUCGAGAACCCCUAUCUUGGGGUUCCAGCCAAUAAGGCAGCUUCCAAGAUUCACACCAAGGAGAAUAUUGCCCUCGCCAGGGAGCUCGAUGCCGAGUCAAUUGUCCUUCUUGAGAAUCAUAAUAAUGUUCUGCCUCUGUCGAAGAACGCUAAGGUCGCGGUCAUCGGGCCUAUGGCUCAUGGAUACAUGAACUACGGAGACUAUGUCGUGAAUGGUAGUCAAUACAGAGGCGUCACACCAUUAGAUGGGAUCAAGGCUGCAAGCAAAGGAGUUGUAACCUAUGCGAAAGGAUGCGAGCGGUGGUCCAAUGACCAGUCUGGAUUUGAUGAGGCAGUCCAGGUUGCUUCUGCUGCAGAUGUCACUGUCGUGGUGGUCGGAACUUGGUCGCGUGAUCAAGUCCAACUGUGGCAAGGAUUGAACGCCACCACCGGUGAGCACAUCGAUCUGUCUUCACUGAAUUUGGUCGGUGCCAUGCCCCAUCUUGUCAAAGCGAUAAUCGACACCGGCAAACCUACCGUCGUCGUGUUCUCAUCCGGCAAACCGAUUACAGAAUCCUGGAUCUCCACGGAAGCUUCUGCAUUGGUUCAACAAUUCUAUCCAUCUGAAGAAGGUGGAAACGCGCUGGCUGAUAUCCUCUUCGGAUCUGUCAACCCAAGCGGAAAGCUGUCUGUCGGGUUCCCUCACGAUGUUGGUACACUACCCAUCUAUUACGACUACCUGAAUAGUGGACGUGGAAGUUCUCCCGGAAAGGAAUUUUCAAACGGGACUCUGCAAUUUGGAUCUUCGUACGUUCUGAACACACCGAUGCCGUUGUACGAGUUCGGAUACGGAAAAUCGUACUCUAGCUUUGUAUUCUCGGACUUCAAACUGUCCAAGACAAUUGUUUCGGCCACGGAUUCAAUCACUGCUACUGUGAAGAUCACGAAUAACUCGACCAGAGACGGGAAGGAAGUCGUUCAGCUGUAUGUCAAAGACUUGGUUGCUUCGGUUGUGGUACCGAAUAUUCAGCUCAAGGGUUUCUCCAAAGUGAUGGUCAAAGCUGGCAAGUCUGUGACGGUGAAGAUUCCAUUGGAUAUCGAGAAACUUGGUCUGUGGGAUAUUAAAAUGAAGUAUAUAGUAGAGCCGGGUGAUUUCACGGUGUUUGUUGGGAGUUCGAGUGCGGACUUCAGGGCCAAUGCUACUCUGACUGUAGGUUGA